AUGUCAGCCAAUAUUCCCAUCACUGAUAAACGCCGCGUUGCUUUGGCAUACGAUGGCACCGAGGAUGCCCAAAAGCUUUUCGACUGGGCGCUAAAGAACAUCAUCCGUCCAGAAAUGGACCACCUUAUCCUGCUCUCUGCCCGACGAACAUCGGGCUUACCCAUGCUAUCCACAUCUCCCACACGUAUGAACGACGCCAUCCAACAAGCAGAGGCCCAUCCACAGGGAGGCGCAACUGCACGCGAACGGCUGGAGGCAAUGGGCGACCACCUACGAUCACUGAAGAUUUCGAGCGAGGAGCAUAUUCUGUGGGGUGAUGCAAAGACGCUCGUGCCGCGCUUCACACAACAACAGCCAGUGGAUCUUUUGAUUGUCGGAUCGCGCGGUCUGGGCGCAGUCAAGAGCGUCUUCCUGGGCUCGGUAUCAGACAAGUGUAUCCAUGAAUGCCCGUGUCCAGUACUCGUUGUACGAAAUGCCACCAUUUAA